AUGGCCUUCAUCACGGUGACGAUCGUCAAAGCCGACCUGCUUCGCCGUACCCUGUUCUAUAAGCCGCUGCCGUACGUGUCGGUGACCAUUGAUGGAGGUCGUUCCUGCCAGCACACCCGGGUACGCCGUAAGUGUGCCAACCCCGUAUGGGGUGACAAAUUCUCGUUCCCCGUCGGCUACGACCUGAAGCUUGACCUCGAAAUAUUGGACCAUAAUCGGGCUACGGACCAUCGCCACCACAAAUUGGGGUCGCUCCAAUUGCGGCUAAGCGAGAUCUUACUGUUGACAACUGCUCUGGAACGAAUGAUGGUGGCUAAGUUGGAUAAGUCUCGCUACGGGACCAUCUUCUUGAUGUUGUACAGUCAGCCCCACCGCCCGUUGCCUCCAUUGCCCACAUCACCUCAUACGCAAUUGGCGAGCCCGUUUAUCCCAAAUACCCCACUGGAGUUUCCCUAUGCUAGAAGAGUGUCUAAUAAUGACCUGGUGGCAAGUCUGCAGACCAGCAAUUACAGUCUCGAACCUCGACAUCCCUCCCCCACUACAGAUAUCAGCUUGUCAUCGAUAGAGUAUGAUGAUCUCGAUCUGACCCCUCAGUGGACAGGACAAGAAGGGAGGUAUCACACUAAUAGUGGUGCCACCUCCAAAGAUAAGGCUCUUCAGCUGGCACGAGCUCAAUUUUCGAAUAAAGUGGCUACCCUCCGAGCUAGCCCUCAGAUGACGAGAAGGCCUGGUAACAAAACCUAUAUCCGAAUCAGCCGUAAAUCGAUUGUCGAUGAUGCGUUUGACCAACUUGCCAAAGUGGACGCUGAUUCUCUUAAGGGUCGGUUAGAUGUGAGGUUUUCCGGUGAAGAAGGCAUCGAUGCCGGUGGGGUGCUGAAGGAGUUUUUUGAAGUGUUGACCAAAGCCAUAUUUGAACCUAAUUUGUGUCUCUUCAAAUGGGGAUCUAAUAAUACCUAUGCCUACCUGAUCAACCCUGAUCUGGGGGUAAAUCCUACUCAUUUAGACUAUUUCCAUUUUGCGGGUCGGGUGUUUGGCAUGGCGGUGUUCCAUAAUUACCACGUUGGCGUGGUUCUCGUCGACCAGUUAUACCGUCAAUUGCUCGAUAUGCCUGUUGAGCUCGGCGAUAUUGAGGCUAUAGAUGAAGACGUGUAUCGACUGAUGAUGUGGCUUUUGGAAAAUGAUAUCACUGGCGUUGAUCUCGGGUUGUACUUUGUCGUAGACUACGACUAUUUUGGCGUCUCUAAACUGAUAGAAUUAAUCCCUCAAGGAAGCACGAUACCCGUCACUGAAAGCAACAAGCACCAAUACGUGCUGUUCAUUGCUCAGUGGCUUGCACGAGAACGCACUCGGUCCCAGUUCCGAGCGUUCUCCCGAGGGUUUUACGAGUUUGUCCCACAAACCUCGAUCAGCACAUUUACUCCCAGUGAACUUGAAUGGUUACUUCUGGGUAGUGGCCAGAUUGAUUUGGACGACUGGAAAGCGAACACGUUAUACUUGGGCUAUGACGACGACUGUACCACCAUUAGAUGGUUUUGGGAAGUGGUGGCAGCUCUUGACAACGACAAACGAGUCCGUCUCUUACAAUUUGUCACUGGGAGCACUCGAGCACCGCCCCAAGGGUUUAGCCAAUUGCACGGGCUGGACGGACCUCGCAAAUUCACCAUAUCCAAAACUACCAAAGUCGACCACCUACCACUAGCGCAAACAUGUUUCAACAAGCUCCUGUUGCCUAAUUACGAAACGAAGGCUCAGCUCCAGCAGAAGUUGACCAUGCUUGUUGAUCAUUGUGUAGGGUUUGGAAUGGGGUAG